AUGAGUGUGGCGCUCGCCGCCUGCGUGGUGCUGGUCUCGCUGUCUGCCGGGCUGCUGGCAGUCGCGGCGUGCCUGUGGGCAACCCGCCGUCGAACGUCGAUCCCAGGACCCCCGACACUGCCGCUGCUGGGAAACGCGCUCGUCUUCUACAAGCUGCCCGUAUUGUGGGACCGCCUCGCGGAGCUGCACAGUCGCUACGGGGACAUCUUCAGAUUCUACGUGGGCCCGAAGCUGGUGAUCGUGCUAACACAGCCAGAAGACGUCAAGUGUGUCCUUUUGGGCAGUAAACCGCGACAACGCGAACCCUACGUUGCGGACGUACUCCGUACACUUAUGGGAGACGGGCUGCUCAGCAUCAACGGCGGAACCUGGAAAAGACACCGAAAGAACCUCGAGCCGGCGUUCCAUAUAGAAGAGCUGGAGAAAUUCAUGGGCAAGUUCAACGACGCUGGGCGCUUUUUGUGCGAGCUACUGGCGGAAAAAAAUGGAACGGAGGUGGAACUUUACCACCCACUCAUGCACACUGCUCUUCGUUCGGCUGUAGCCACUAUUUUAGACAUGGACCUGGAGUGGAUUUUACCAGGUCGGUUCCGGCAGGCUGAGGUGGUUGAUCUAAUGACUGAUUUCGGAAAAACUUUAUCGGCAAUUGUAUUCCGUCCAUGGACAACAAUCAACAUGAUGAGGUGGAUGACUGCAGAAGGUCGGAAACUGAAAAGAUUUAUUACUGUUCUCAAACACAUAGCUGAUCGUGGCAUCGCCUUGGCCAGUAAAAAUCUAGAUGGCCUAAAGGCCAGUGAUAGAACACUCCUCACCUUUCUUCUUAAGGAAGAACAUUCAGGGUCGAUAUUUACUGACAAGGAAUUUCGUGAUGAAAUAGUAACACUUGCCGCUUCUGGCGUCGAGACGACUUCUUGCGCUGUGGGCUACGUGUUGUGUGCGCUGGGACUCUACCCAGAGUGGCAGGACCUGGCACAGCGCGAGCUGGAUGACUAUUUCGGAACUGGGGGCGACUAUUUACGAUCUGUGACCCCGGCAGACCUCGCCAAUCUUAAAACCAUCGACGCCAUUAUGAAGGAGACUGGGCGGCUGUUCACGACGGUCCCCUGCAUGCCGUACCUGGUGACUGAGGACACAUCGCUGGCAGGUGGCCGGCACGUCGCGCCCCAGGGCAGCACGGUGCUCAUAGCCUACUACCUGAUGCACCGCCACCCCGAGCUCUUCCCGGAGCCAGACAAGUUCGACCCCGGCCGGUUCCUGGAGGGCGGCAGUGCCACAUCCAGAAAAGCCUACAGCUACAUCCCUUUUGGCAUCGGCACGCGCAAGUGUAUUGGCAACCGAUACGCAGUACUGCAGAUGAAAGUCAUCCUAGCGACGAUUCUGCGGCGCUACCGAAUACUUCCCGGAACGAGCAGGGGGGAACUGGAAGAGAGUGUGAUCUCAAUAUCGUCUCACCCAAUCACUGGCUUUAGAGUUACUUGUAUCCCACGAGAAAACGUACCCUCCAGUUCAGUGUGA